AUGCCGGACGUCAAGCGCAGCGUCAAAAUCGUUACCGAACAGAAGAUCAUUCCCGGGGCCGACAGCGGCGUUGCUGGUUUCCCCUUGCGACAUUGGUCUAUGAAGAUUUUCCUACUCCAUGCGGACACCAAACAGGAGAUCGAUGCAGAUGUGUUCGAGUCGGUAACAUAUACUCUCCACGAGUCAUUUGGUGACAAGGCAACACAAACCUUCAAAAAGCCACCAUUCCGCGUCUCUGAAGAUGGGUGGGGUGAAUUCGAAUUGCGCAUCGAGAUGAAGGAUCUCAGCGGCAAAGUCCACAGUAUCGUUCACGAUCUCAACUUCGCCAACGCGCGCUACGAAACUAAGCAGAUCAUCACUUUCAAAAACCCGAAGGGUGCUCUCCUUGAGGCGCUUCGCAAUUCAGGGCCCAUUCCAGGAGAGUCGGCUGCGAAUGGCACCGAAGCCGGGAGCAAAAAAAGAACCAGCGAAAUCGGUGGAACUCAGAAGAAAAAGAAAGCAGACAACAAAGCUAUUGACAUGGACAAGCUAGCCGAGGGGCUUCAGAAGCUCGGUGAAGAUGAUCUUCUUCAAGUUGUGCAGAUGGUGCAUGACAACAAGAGCGAGGAUUCGUGGAUGCGCAACGAUGCUGAGCAGGGAGAAUUCCAUGUCGACCUGUACACACUUCCCGAGAACCUCAUCAAAAUGCUCUGGGACUUCACCACUGAGAAGAACGCCAUUUCGGCUUCUGCAUAA